UAAUAUCAUACAAAUUUGUUCUAUACAUUUUAAGAGGAUUAUGCAUUCAAAAAGUAUUAUAUUCCUAAUAUGUUUUCUAAAUUUCACGACGCAAACAAUAGCUGGAAGAACGUCAAGAUUCUUUCAUUUACCUUUAUCUUGUUUCAAGGGUGGAUCUACCAUGGGUGACGUUGAUCGUACAGCUUAUACACCCGAGAAGAAAAGUAGCGAAAUAAAAUAUUCUGCAAAUAAAAUAGAUAAACCGAAUCCAAGAAGUAUCCAACUUUCGUAUCCAAAGAUUCCAAACGAAGAUCCAAAAGAAAUAGCAUCUUUAAAGACUGCAGAAGACUUUAAAAAUUAUGCGGAUUUAAAAGCAUCAUUUUCAAAAGUUAAUAUUAGUGGUGCCAGACGAAAAGUAAACAUUACGUGUACAUAUAAAACAGCAACCGAUGUAAAUGAACAAUAUAUGAAUACGGCAGAUUUAUCAACAGAUAGUACGCCAAAAAAAGACUCUGAGAAAUUGGAUCAGGGAAUAUCAAAUACAGAUUUGAUAGAUCUAAAUAAUGAUGAUUUCAUUUCGGAUGGAAAUACAAAUAAGGGUACUAGUGUUUUAGAUGUAAUGGUUAAAACUGAUAAGAUGUCUGAUCUUGCCCCCGCAGUAGUCCCCAGAGAACCACUCCCGGAUAAUUGGAUUGAACAAACUGUAACAACUAAGAGGUACAAUCCUUUUGAGUAUGAUGAUGGUGAACCCAACAGUAAAGUGGUACAGCAAGAUAAUUGGAUUGAACAAACUAUAACAACCAAGAGAUACAAUCCUUUUGAUUAUGAUGAUGGUGAACCGAACAGUCAAGCGGCUACUAUUCCUUAUCAGCUUCAACCUCAAAGCAAUAUGAAUCCGAUGCCCAAACUAUAGUAGUAGUAAUAAAAUGGUGUUGAAAAAAUAAUAGAAAAUAGAUAAAAUUCGUUGUUCAUUAAUUCUGUAUUGCUAUUAUAUAAAAGUAAUAAUUAUAAAAUUAAAAUUAAAAUUAUUUUAAUGUUUUGAUUUCGGUAUUUUACAAAUAUUAUUAUGGGUUUAUAUUUAUGUUUAA